AUGCAGUGGCAUUACUUUCUUUCCUUUUUUCUCUGCCUUGGUGUGUAUGGCUUUCCAUCAUACCUCGAAGGUCCUGUCGGAAAGGCCGUUUCUGCAAGACUCUCGGGGAAGGUGAACGAUGCAGUUCGAAGUCACGAUAAGAGACUUUCGCUUGGUCUCGCGAGCAAGCCUAUCAAGGUAACUGGCGAGCACGAAUUCAUCCCACCGAAUUUUGAGAAGGGUGAUCAACGAGGUCCUUGUCCUGGUCUCAAUGCGCUGGCGAACCAUGGAUAUAUCAGCCGCAAGGGAGUUACAAGCCUCGUUGAGGUAGCGGGUGCUAUCAAUCAAGUCUAUGGAAUGGGAGUAGACUUGGCUACCAUCUUGGCGACAAUGGGUACAGUCUUCGUUGGAAACCCUCUAUCGCUUAACCCAGGCUUCUCCAUCGGUAGCACAGCCAGUGGCGCACAGAAUAUUCUGGGUAACCUCAUCGGACUCUUGGGAACACCACGAGGUCUCAAUGGAUCGCAUAAUAUUAUCGAAGGUGAUUCAUCCAACACGCGAGAUGACUUGUACGUCACUGGAGAUGCGUCUACCAUGGACAUGAACCUGUUUCAGUCGCUCUACGACAUGGCUUCUGAGGAGGGUACUUAUGACUUUGACGCUUUUGCGAAACGAGCCAAGAUCCGAUUCCAUGAGACUGUUGCUACCAAUCCGAACUUUUACUAUGGACCUUUUACGGGUAUGAUUGCGCGAAAUGCGGGAUAUUUCUUUGCUUGCCGGUUGCUGUCGAACCAUACUGUUGGAAGCACUGAGGAUAUCAUGGACCGUGAGACUCUAAAGAGUUUCUUCGCUGUUCACGAAAAGGACGGAAAGCUUGUGUAUAAGCGAGGCUGGGAAAGAAUUCCCGAGAACUGGUACCGCAGGUCAAUCGACUAUGGUCUCAUCAGUCUUAACCUGGAUCUUCUCAACCUGAUUGCCAAGUACCCUGAGCUCGGAAGCAUCGGAGGCAACAUGGGAAAAGUCAACAGCUACGCUGGCGUCGACGUAAGCAACGUCACCGGCGGAGUUCUCAAUCUCACCAAGCUUCUCGAGGGCAACAAUCUGCUUUGCUUCGUCUUUGAGGUUGUCAAGACGGUUGCGCCAAAUUCUCUUUCGACCAUCUUUUCUAUCAUCGCAACUCCUCUAGAACUCAUCACCGAUGCUCUUGGAUCUACACUCUUGAACCUCGCUUGCCCGGCCUUCAAGGACUUGACUGUAGGUGGACAAAACUUUGAGGAUGGAAUCAAGGAUAAGUUCCCUGGUGCCAGCCUGGGUUCCUCUGUUAUCUAAUCUCUAAUCAUCCGACACCUCGCCCAUUAAGCACUAUAUACUUUCGCAGAUACCUCUUACAUAAUACUAUUAAAAAGG